AUGAAAUAUUAUUAUACAGAAGAACAAAAAAAGUCAAAAUGCAUUUUGAAACUGUUUUCCCGCUUUAAAAGACAUCGAGAACCAUCCCAAACGUCAAAACAGAUAAACAAGAGAGGCGGUAAAAGUUCAAAAAAGAUUAAAUGUUCAGUGACGCAGAGUAACGAAGAUACUUCACACGAGAGCAACAAGAAGAUGCACGCGAACCUCACACGCACAAAACCCGUCGGUGAGUUGUUCAACCCGUGUCGCUGUUUAUACGACAGACGUGAAUCCACUGCAUCAACAGCCAUCAACGGUUCACUGUACAAAACAAAAUCAGCUGAUACCAUUUCCAUCCGUGCAACUGCUGGGAGUGUAUUAAACAGCUCCAUGAAAUACGAAGAACUCGCUGCGAACUUCUGUAGCAUCAAUGCAAGCCAAAGUUUUAGACCUGACAGACAGGACUCUUUAAUGAGCCACAUUCAGACUGGCACAAACAAACUUCCUGGUCCUCAAAUGCCUUCGAAUGUGAACGGAGAAAAUCUGCGAAGAUGCAACGUCAGAUGUUCCAUUUCAACGGCAAGUGAUUCAACCGAGCCCCAAUGGAUGGAAGACUUUAACACUCAGCCCAGCUCCUACAUGGUGAAGAGAACUGAGGUUCAUAAUGAUGACUCGUCCGAAGAUUGUGAUGCUGAUUAUAAUGAGAGUGAGAUUUGGAUGAAUAGAAGUUUGAAGGAGCAUGGAUUCCAUUGCAAUCAAUCUCCUCUUAUCCAUGUUAACUGUCGUCCUGAUAUCGGCAGCAUGGUCAGUUAUGAAGUCGAUGGUAGCCAUAAUGAUGAUAGCGAGGUCAUUUGGAUCAACGAUUGUUCAGGAAACUUUCAAAAGAUGCAUCAGAUUUUGUCAGAGAGGAACGGAAACGAAAUUGUUUACAAAACAUUGGCUUUCCUGUAA